AUGGCGCCGAUUACUACUUCUGCACACCAUCACCGGAGUACCACAAAGGUCGACCAUAAGCCUUUCAAGUCCCGAUUCGCGUCUAAAAGUGCUCUGAAGGACAAAGCCAAAGGCAAAGUUGAGACCCAUAGAGCCGAGAAAGGCCAAAGGAAGACUCCCCAUCAACAGAUUAUGUCGAAGCUUGCAAGACGCAACCAGGCGAAACAACUCCGCAUGCACCACAAGGACAAGCGAGAAGGGGAAGAGAAUAUAUUUCAAGGCCUGGAUGGGGCGGCAAAGCACAUAGCCAUUGUGCCAUUGUCGCCAAAUAUCGAUGCAUACUCCGUCAUUCGUUCGCUGAACGAGAGUGUCGAUGUUGCGGGCCCGGAAACCUCCAGCGGCACGGUCCCCGCUCGAGUCGAAAGGUUUCGCCGCAAUCUGCUCUACCUGCCAUCCUCAUUCGACCUCUUUAACGCGCUCGACGUUUGCAAACUCGCGGAUUGGGUGGUGCUCGUGCUUGAUGCAGAACAGACGUUUGGGGAAGAGGAGGACAAGUUGCUGAAGGCAUUGGAAGGCCAAGGGAUCACCAGUGUCACUGCUGUUGUCAAGGACGUCGAAUCCAAAGUGCCGGCGCCCAAGAGAUCUCGCCAUCUCACCGACCUGAAGAUUGGCAUUGGCCGAUACUUCCCAAGCUUGGACAAGUUGUCCAGCCUCGACAACAAAUCCGACUGCGCCAACUUGGUCAGGAGUAUGUGCACCGCCUCAACCAAAGGCAUCCGAUGGCGAGACGACAGGAGUUGGAUGUUGAUUGAAAAUGUCAAUUGGAACUCGCCCGUCGACAGUGCUCCGACCACUACAGUUAGACUCACGGGGACCAUACGUGGGAAGGGCCUGAACCCUGACCGACUCGUCCACGUGCCAGGGUGGGGAGAUUUCCAGAUCGGCACCAUCCGGCAGCUGCCCAGCCAAGGGCGCAAACGAAAGGCCGAUGAAAUGGACGCAGAUGAACCAUUGAACGAGUGGAACCCCACUGCGGACCAAGACGAUCUGGCCGAACUGGCGCCAGAGCAAGCCGAAAUGCUGGAUGUCGCCAGUACGGCGGCCACAACUGAACAUAAAGGUGUCCUCCUGGAUGAUCAUCAUUACUUCUCCGACGAUAACUCUCACAUUCCUCCGCCGCCGAAAAAACUCCCCAAAGGGACUUCCAAUUACCAGGCCGCCUGGUACCUGGAAGAUGUAUCCGACUCUGAUUCGGAUUAUCUCGAGGAGAAUGGCGAUGGCGAUGUUGCCAUGGAUGGUGGAGGCGAAGGCGCUCAAGGCCCAGAAGAUGGGGCAGUGCUUGAUGGAGAUGCCAUGACGGAAGCAGGGCCAUCAGAGUAUCCCGAGUCGGAAAUGCACGUGGACGCCGACGAGGAAGAGGAAGCUCGACAGCUCCAAGAGUUCCGAGCCGGCCGAAAGAACGAGGCCGAAGAGGACCUGGAGUUCCCGGACGAGAUUGAACUCCCUCCGGACGUUCUGGCCCGAGAAAGGCUUGCCAAAUACCGCGGCCUCAAAAGUCUGCGGACGAGUGAAUGGAACCACGCUGCGGACCAACCGUACGAACCAUUCGAACACAAGCGCCUGCUCCAAGUGGCCGACUACAAGAAAUCGUACGGUGCGGCGCUGAAAGAGUCCCUAGCCGGUGGGGUGCUCGCGGGCACCAAAGUCGAAAUCGAACUGCGCGAUGUGCCUGUCGCUCUCGCAGCUAAGCCUGCACCGGCCUCCAUGUUCUCGCUGCUCCGUCACGAACACAAACACGCCAUCAUCAACCUCAACCUCAUGCUGCACUCGGACCUCGACGGCCCCGUCAAGUCCAAAGACGAGCUCAUCGUCCAUAUCGGCCACCGGCGCCUUGUCGUGCACCCGAUCUUCUCCGCGUCCGGCCAGACACCCAACGACGUGCACAAGUUUGACCGCUUCCUGCAUCCCGGACGGACCGCAAUCGCCACCUUCACCGGCCCCUUGACCUGGGGGUCUGUGCCUGUAUUGGUCUUCCGCCGCUCGACGGCCACGGCCGACAAGUCGUCACACAAUACGGAUGCGGACGCGGAUGCCGAUGCGCCCGCUCUGGUCAACUCGACCGGCCCUGGAUUUCCGUCGUCGUCGUCAGAGCUGGAAUUAAUCGGCACUGCCACGACCCUCCCGCCGUCGUCGUCUCGCGUGGUCGCGAAGCGCAUCAUCCUGACCGGCCACCCAUUCAAGAUCCACAAGAAACUCGUCACGGUGCGCUACAUGUUCUUCAACCGCGACGAUGUCGCCUGGUUCGCCGCCCUGCCGUUGUGGACGAGGCGUGGCCGCCAGGGGUUCAUCAAGGAACCGCUGGGCACCCAUGGCUAUUUCAAGGCCACCUUCGAUGGGAAGAUCAACCCCAUGGACGCCAUAGGCGUGAGUCUGUACAAGAGAGUGUGGCCUCGCCCGGCGACGGUGUGGGAAGGUUGA